AUGGAGGGGAAGGUACCUAUUUCUACGUCUGACACAAUGUACCAACGCUUCGAAGAAGGAAAAAUUUAUCACAUUAGAUAUUUUAAUCUCCUCCCCAAUAACCAACGUUACAGGCUUACCGAUCAACCAUACAUAAUCAAUAUCAAAGAAACAACAACUAUUACACUGAUUCAAGAAAACAUUGCACCGAUUCCUUCAUACAUAUUCCGGCCACAACGCUACACCCAGUUGAUCAGCUUAGCAAGUGAAACCAACUUCCUACCAGAUGUUGUUGGCCGCAUUUGCCUCAUCCAAGGAAGUGAUUUAUAUAACCACUACACAGAUUCAAAAAUCAUCAUUGGAUUACGUUUAGACAGAUCGAAAUUGGUACGUCUAACUUUAUGGGACAAGGAGGCAUCUAAUUUCAGAGAGUUAAAUCGCAUAUCAACAAGGAAAAAACAAGUCGUAAUCAUCACAAGUAUCAUUCCACGGAUACAUGAAGAAAAACUAUCACUCACAGCAACACCUGGAACGCGCUUCUACUUUAACAACGAAAUUGAUAUCAUUCAACGCUUCCAAAAGAGGAAUAAACUGCUAUCCUAAGCCUCAUAGCAAACACCACCAGUCAACUUUUAAAACAUUUACGUUACCACUUCCUACAUCAAUUAAAUUGUCACACACAAAGAUUAUUUUCUCAUUCAAAUAUCGAAUUCCUCAAAACUAUUUAUUAUUCAUACUUACAGUUGUUUUUUAAAAAAAAAUGAUCACCGUUUCGAACUUCUCCCCUGUAUAAAAAAACAAAACUUAACUUAUCA